AUGCUUGAAUGUGUUAUUUUUUUUAUUUGCUACGACUUUUUAUUGUUCGAACCAAAUAUGAAAUUUUAAACGAAAUUUGAGCUUUCAUCAUAAACUCGUAUACAAUACAAAUAAAAACCAAUAAAUUAUAAAUUUAACGGCGCAUUGCAUCUUGCGUAGUUUACAAAAAAAAACCGAAUUAAAUUUAAAAAGCUCCCUACUCCCCCCUAAAAAAAAAAUAAAAAUUUGAAAAUACACACCUCCAAGUAGUAAUCAAACUAUUCUAAAAAUUUUACGAAUUUUUUGAAAUAACUAAAACCACACACACCACAACAACAACAACAACAAAAUGUCGCGUGAAAAUUCGCCACGGCACAGUAUACGGCGGCGCCAUAAUCAAUUUCUACAGCAACAACAACAGCAAAAUCAGCCACAACCACAUAAUUUACAACAAGCAGCAGCAACACAAUCGCAGCCACCCAUAAUGGAGCAUAUGGAACAGCAGCAACAACUACCACAGCAACCGCUGGGCGCUAGUGGCAAUGUCAGCGGUGGUGGUGCUGCGGGCAGCGCACCCAUAUCCAGCUCUGCCUCUAAUAUUAGCACCGCCACGGACGAUGGCAAUGGCGAGAAUGCCACACUGCCGCCACUUACCGGCCCUGGGCCGAGCAGACAGCGUUCGUUGCGCGACCGCCUGAAGGACGGCAUCACCGGCAGCUUUUCAUGGCAGUAA